UUUCUUUCAGGUUUCCGCAAAAUCAGCCUCGACGAUCUACGAAAGGCCUACAUUGUCAAGGAUGUGCAGCAGUACAUCCUCCACAGGCUGGAUCAGGAGGAGGCCCUGAGGCAGCAUCUCACCAAAGAGACCGCGGAGAUGCUCAACCAACUUCACAUCAAAAGCAGCGGCUGCUUCCUCUACCUGGAGCGCGUGUUGGACGGAGUGGUGGAAAACUUCAUCAUGCUCCGCGAGAUACGCGACAUCCCCGGCACGCUCAAUGGCCUCUACCUGUGGCUCUGCCAGAGACUAUUUGUCAGAAAACAGUUUGCCAAAGUUCAACCCAUCCUAAACGUAAUCCUGGCAACUUGCAGACCACUCACAGUCAAAGAACUGUACCAUGCAGUCUGGACCAAAAAUAUGACCACGACUAUGGAGGACUUUCAGAAAAAGAUGGACAUUCUCUCCAAGUUGUUAGUCGAUGGUCUUGGGGGCACUAAAAUCCUGUUUCACUACAGUUUUGCAGAGUGGCUACUGGAUGUGAAGCAUUGCACCCAGAAGUACUUGUGCAAUGCGGCAGAAGGACACAGGAUGUUGGCGAUGAGUUACACCUGCAGAGCAAAGCAGCUAAAACCACUCGAGGUGCAAGAGUUUGCACUACACCUGGUCAAUUCCAAUCUGCAGAUAGAGCCGUUCAACCUGGCUCUUUGGAUGGUUUGGAAUGGAACUCCUGCUAAAGACUCUCUCACCACAUCUAUACCAAGAGAGCAGGAAGUCCUUCAGCUUCUGGUCAAAGCUGGAGCGCAUGUUAACAAUGAGGACGAUCACGCCUCAUGUAUUGUCCAGCAGGCCCUGGAAAGGGAGGACUCGAUAAGGACAUUGCUUGACAAUGGGGCAUCAGUGAACCAGUGCGACUCGAGUGGAAGAACUCUGCUGGCCAACGCUGCGUACAGCGGAAACCUCGAUGUGGUCAACUUGCUCAUUUCCAGAGGUGCAAACAUGGAGCUGGAGGACAACCACGGACAAACAGCACUUACUCUUGCUGCGAGGCAGGGCCAUACCAAAGUGGUCAACUGCCUAAUUGGUUGUGAGGCCAACAUCAACCACACGGAUCAUGAUGGAUGGACGGCCCUCCGCUCAGCAGCCUGGGGUGGACAUUCAGAGGUUGUAUCUGCUCUGCUCUACGCCGGUGCCAAAGUGGACUGUACCGAUGCUGAUGGCAGAACCGCUCUGAGAGCUGCAGCUUGGGGAGGUCAUGAAGAUAUCGUGUUGAACCUGCUGCAGCACGGGGCUGAGGUCAACAAAGCAGACAAUGAAGGACGGACAGCUCUCAUUGCUGCAGCUUACAUGGGGCACAGAGAGAUUGUCGAGCACCUCUUAGACCAUGGGGCUGAAGUUAAUCAUGAAGAUGUGGACGGAAGGACUGCCCUCUCAGUCGCUGCUCUCUGUGUGCCUGCAAGUAAAGGUCACGCGUCUGUGGUGAGCCUUCUCAUCGACAGGGGAGCAGAGGUUGACCACUGUGACAAAGACUGCAUGACUCCCCUCCUCGUGGCUGGCUAUGAAGGACACGUCGAUGUAGUUGAUCUGCUUUUGGAAGGCGGAGCCGAUGUGGAUCACACGGACAACAAUGGCCGCACCCCUCUUCUUGCUGCUGCAUCAAUGGGCCACGCCUCAGUUGUCAACACCUUACUCUUCUGGGGUGCUGCUGUUGACAGCAUCGACAGCGAGGGAAGGACUGUGCUGAGCAUCGCAUCUGCUCAGGGUAACGUGGAGGUGGUCAGAACUCUGCUGGACAGAGGUCUGGACGAGAAUCACAGGGAUGACGCAGGCUGGACCCCGCUUCACAUGGCUUCAUUCGAGGGCCAUCGCCAAGUGUGCGAUGCCCUCAUCGAGCAAGGCGCUCGUUGUACAGAGGUAGAUAACGAUGGUAGAAUACCGCUGAUAUUAGCUGCACAAGAGGGACAUUAUGACUGUGUGCAAAUUCUUCUGGAAAACAAGUCAUGCAUUGACCAGAGGGGAUAUGAUGGGAGGAAUGCUCUCAGGGUGGCUGCACUGGAAGGCCACAGGGACAUUGUUGAACUGCUGCUGAGCCACGGAGGGGAUAUCGAUUACAAAGACGCAGAUGGGCGUCCAACACUCUACAUAUUGGCACUUGAAAAUCAGCUGGCCAUGACGGAGUAUUUCCUUGAAAACGGGGCAAAUGUGGAAGCUUCUGACACUGAAGGCAGAACGGGCCUACACGUCUCCUGUUGGCUAGGACAUGUUGAAAUGGUGAGGCUGCUGAUAAACUAUCAUGCUGAUGUGAAUGCCUGCGACAAUGAGAAGCGAUCUGCCCUCCAGUCUGCCGCGUGGCAAGGCCACACGAAAGCCGUACAGUUUCUGAUAGAGAGUGGCACACAUGUUGACCACACAUGCAACCAGGGGGCAACAGCACUAGGCAUAGCCGCACAGGAGGGUCACAUUGACGUUGUGCAAAUACUUCUUGAAAAUGGCGCUGACCCCAACCACGCUGACCAGUUUGGACGCACCGCAAUGAGAGUGGCAGCAAAAGGUGGCCAUUCAAUGAUCAUAAAACUCCUGGAAAAGUAUGGGGCCACAACGCUAAACGGCUGCAGUCCCUCUCCUGUACACACUUUAGAAGAAAAAACACCAUUAGGAGUGACUGGGAAAAUGCAGUCCCUCACCAUUAAAUCAAGUAGUUCUGGCAGCACCGGUGCAGGAGAUCUGCAAUCAUCUGGACGUGGUCUGAACAACGGACCCGUCCAUGCUUUCAGUUCGCCCUCAGAAUCUCCCGAUUCCACUGUAGAUAGGCAAAAGUCCUCCUUGUCAAACAACUCCCUCAAGAGUUCAAAGAACUCGUCCCUGAGAACGACAUCAUCGACGGCCACGGCGCAGACCGUGCCGAUCGACAGUUUUCACGGACUUACGUUCACAGAACAAAUCCAGCAGCACUCACUGCCCCGUAGCCGCAGCAGGCAGUCCAUCGUGUCCCCUUCCUCAACAACCAAGUCCAUUGGUCAGCAGCCAUCGUCUCCGUCCAAUGACUUUGACUGGUCUCAGUUAAAACCUGGUCUCAAAUCAACAAAGGGAAGCAAGAGCGGAAACGGGACAUCAAACAAUAAGAGCUCGGACAAGAAGAAGAACAAGAACAGCGGAUCGACGCAAGGGCAAGUUUUGGAGUAUGAGAUGACACAGUUUGACAAGCGGAUCGCCUUCAACAAAUCAGUAGCCAACAUUUCGGUGAAGGAUCCCCACUGUAAGAUCAUGAUUGGCGGCUCACUUCAGCAGGAGAGGGGACAAGUCCAGGAUCAGUUCUUUAUCCAGCAGCAGAGCUGCGCAGAGAAGAAGAGAAACGGCAUCAUGACCAACCCCAACUAUCAUCUACAGGGUAAUCAGGUUUUCCUGGGUAGGGUAGUUUCUCGGACUGCACAGAACAGAGGCCACGAGGAUGUUCUAGAGAACUAUCCCAUAGGGGAAACCGAGCUAAGCCUUAAACAAGCCCUGAAACUGCAGAUUGAAGGAUCAGACCCUGGGUUUAACUACAAAAAGGAGACUCCGUUAUAGCUGAUGUCUUGAAACGCCAUUCGUCACGCAGACCAUCGGAGGGAUUGUGCCAAAGCAACUGUUUUCACCUGCAUUUCUGUUCUGUUGUUGUUGUUGUUGUUGUUGUUGUUGUUUAUCAGAUUAAAUAUAAUACCUGGGGAAGAUUGUGGAUUUUCUGCCUGAGGCUUAUGUGAACUGAUACUUCGAUGUGCCUACAUCUGUUACAGCCUUCUUCAUUUAUUCAUGCAAACCUAUCAUUUUUAAUUUAAUGUUAAUGCUAUUUAAUAAACAGUGUAUGCACUUUUAAAAAGAUGAAAACGACAGACAUGCAUUUGUUCUAUUUGCGUCGCGUACCAUCCAGCAAAUUGAAACAAACAUCCAACGCUUUUUUUUUUUGUUUUUUUAUUCUUCUAUAUCAUGUUUGUUCUGUCUUUUUUAUUUUAUUUUAUUUUGUCACACUGACAGCAAUGUAACAUUGAGUACAUUGUCACAAACCAGAGGACAUAGCAGUAACUGAUGUCAUGGUAUGAACUUAAGCGCAUUUAUAGUCUGCCUUUUCUAGAGACCCCCGCCACAUCUAAUCUGUGUUAACCUUGAUCAGUGUGCUCAAUCUAUGUUGUGUGUAAUAUAUUGAUAGCAAUGGCAGUUACAAGCAUAUUUAUUUUUGGAAAAAAAAGCCACUUUUGCUGCAUUUUUUUUGUGUUGCAUUAGCUCUAUCAUGGUGCUGUGUUCAGACGUUGCCUGCAGUUAUUUUUGUUUGGACUCUUGGGUUUUUUUGUCCGCUUUGUGCAUCUCUGUAUUAUUACAAAUAUCUUAAGAGAGCGAGAUCCAUUGAAAGUUAAUUUUGUCCCUAUGGGAUUUUUUUUUUAAGUUGUUUAUGUGUGUUUAUGUUUUUGUGAUGCAUAAAAAAAACAAAUAUUUAAAAUAACUCAUUGUGUACCGGUAACAAAAGUUUGGUGCUAUAAACGCAGCAGUUUCAAGUGACCGCAGUGCAUCUGUCUGCGUUUGUCCUGAGUUCCGUGUAUAACCUACUGCAAUGCAAGAGAAACAAAAACCCAAGCUUUUUGUUUUCUUAUUGUCACGUGGUUCCUUUUGAGUGAUUUACUUGUGGAUAUUUCAGGGGCUCGUCACAAAAACCAGGGGGUUCAGCUUGUAGCCGUGAGUGGUUAAGUGUUAGAAAUGCAAAAAUUGUAAUGCCAAAGUUGAAACGGCACACUCUGACCCCCCCUCUCCUCCCCGUGCGGAGCUGAAAAUUAGCUCAACAGGACUUAACCCCCGCGGGAGAAGGAGGGGAGGAGGUGCUCGACUGUGGCACUGAGGGAACCAAACAUCUGUUUCUCAUGAACUCUGUGGAGCUGCGUUAGCGUUUACAGGCUGUGUCAUAUUUUUGCAGGCUUUUCACGCCGUUAACAGUGAGCUAUUUUUCACCGCUAACCGGGAUCAAGGGGGUGGCGGA